AUGGAAUCCAAGAUAGCUAGAAUUGUAGAGGAGCUGAAAGGCUUAGACCUGCUACAGCUGGUGCUCAAUGGUUACCAGUAUGCUGCUCUUUACGUUGAAACAAGUUCGUGGAGUAGUCUGAUCAAGGAUUACUUGUUUAUUACUUUAAUCUACAAAGUUUCUAGUCGAGUAUGUUACCAUCUGAAAGCAUUUGGGUUUUUGAGGACUCUGAAAAAUGUUUACCACAGUAUUGCAACUGCUGUGUUCAGAACUUUGCUUAACUCACCAAUUCUCAGACCUACAGUAAAUAGAGAAGUUGGUAAGGGUAUUAAUGUUAUUGAAAGGGAUCUACUUAUUCGCAAUGAGGCAAUCGAAGAUUAUGGAACUUUACCUGAUGAAGGAUUGUCUGAAGAGACUACUUUGGAAGAAUUGGACAAAUUACAAGAAUUACUGCGUACAACAAAAUGGGAAGACGGUAAACUUUCAGGUGCUGUGUACCAUGGUGGUCAACAGUUGAUCCAUUUACAAUCCUUGGCCUUUGAGAAAUACUGUGUUGCUAAUCAACUGCAUCCAAACGUUUUUCCUGCUGUGCGUAAGAUGGAAGCCGAGGUGGUAUCCAUGGUGUUAGACGUGUUCCAUGCCCCUAAGGAUACAGGUUGUGGUACUACCAGUUCUGGUGGUACUGAAUCGAUUUUGCUUGCUUGUUUGAGUGCUAAGACUUACGGUUACCAACAACAUGGUAUUACAGAACCAGAAAUCAUCGUACCAGUGACGGCACAUGCUGGAUUCCACAAGGCCGCCUACUAUUUCGGUAUGAAGGUUCGUAAGGCAGAAUUGGACCCAGUUACUUACAAGGUGGAUUUAAAUCAGGUCAAGAGACUGAUCAACAAAAACACGGUCUUACUUGUGGGAUCCGCCCCCAACUAUCCACACGGUAUCGUCGAUGACAUCGGAGGGUUAGGUAAAUUAGGUCAAAAGUAUCACAUACCGCUUCACAUCGACUGUUGUCUUGGUUCGUUCGCGAUUGCAUUCAUGGAAAGAGCUGGAUUUAAUGACAUUCCUCCAUUUGAUUUCCGUGUGCCUGGUGUUACGUCUAUCUCUUGUGAUACACACAAAUAUGGUUUUGCACCAAAGGGUUCUUCAGUGGUUAUGUACCGUAAUCAAGCUUUGAGAGCCUCUCAGUACUAUGUGUCUACCGAUUGGAUUGGUGGUGUGUAUGGUUCCCCCACCUUGGCUGGAUCUAGACCCGGUGCUCUUGUUGUCGGAUGUUGGGCAACAAUGGUUCAUUUCGGUAAAAAGGGUUACACGGAUUCAUCCAGAGAAAUUAUUACUGCAGCCAGGAAAUUGAAAAGCAGCAUUGCAAAAGAAUUACCAGAAUUGCAGAUCAUUGGUGACCCACUUUGUUGCGUUGUAUCCUUCAAGUCUGAUCAAUUGAACGUUUAUGAGCUAGGUGAUAAAUUAUCUAAAAUGGGAUGGCACUUGAGUGCAUUACAAAAACCACCUGCACUUCACAUUGCAGUUACCAAGUUAUCAGUAAGUUCUAUUGAUAAGCUGGUUUCUGAUUUGAAGACUAUGGUCAACGAAAUGAAGAAAAACCCUAACCAAAAACCAGCUAACGAUGGUACUAGUGCCCUUUAUGGUGUUGCCAGUAGUAUUAAAACCACUGGUGUGGCAGAUAAAGUUGUCGCAGGGUAUUUGGAUACCUUAUAUAAGCUGAAACCAAGCUCUGCCUAA